GUUGGUGAUUCGAGCACCGUCUUAACGUUGCGAGAGAUUAGUUAGUUCAAUCACAAUCCGGCUGUUGCAAAAGUCUGCAAAAUUUAGUUCUAACUCUUAAAAUAUUUCCUUAGCUAUAGCUUGUUUUAAACUUUACCUUAUAUGAGGUCAAUAGGUCUCCAAUUCCCGUUAUCCUGACACAACGCUGCAGACAUGGUAGAGCCAGCGUCACGCAAGUUUGUAUCCGUAGCAGAAGAGCUGGGCUUCUGGAAGGAGCAGGCAGAGGCACAUCAGCAAAGGGCUGAUGAGGCACAGGAGGAGCUGCAGGAGUUUCAGCAGAUGAGCAGAGACUAUGAAGCGGAACUGGAAGCAGAGCUGAAACAGUGUGAGGGUCGUAACAAAGAGCUGCUUUUCGACAACAACCGACUACGCAUGGAGCUGGAAAGCAUAAAGGAUAAAUUUGAGGCUCAGCAUUCCGAAGCUUUUAGGCACAUCUCAACCCUGGAGGAAAAUCUGGCACAAACCACAGCAGUCAGAGACCACUUGCAGAAAUACAUCAGAGAGCUGGAGCAGUCCAAUGAUGACCUGGAGAGGACCAAAAGGGCUACCAUCAUGUCUCUGGAGGACUUUGAGCAGCGAAUGAACCACGUCAUUGAGAGGAAUGCCUUCCUUGAAAGCGAGUUGGACGAGAAAGAGAACCUGCUUGAGUCUGUUCAGAGGCUGAAGGAUGAAGCCAGAGACCUUCGCCAGGAGCUGGCUGUACGUCAGAAGGAGAGACGUCCGUCCAGCAGCCUGGGCAAAGACAUGGACAGAGCAGAUCCACAGUGCCCCUCGGCCGGUACCUCAUCCGUCCCCGUCACGCCCUCCAGACCUAUCAGCUCGUUUGCCACGCCCCCUCCUUCCAGUAUCCGACGGGGCGAUGGUCUAACAGGGACGCCCCUCACAACGUCUGCUAGAAUAUCUGCACUGAAUAUUGUUGGGGAGCUGCUGAGAAAAGUUGGAAAUCUGGAGUCGAAGUUGGCGUCCUGUCGAGACUUUGUGUACGACACGUCUGUUAACAGGCCAGCACUUCCGGCUGGCCCUGGUAGUCCUUCUGGUUUAGAAAAAGGCUCAGGAGUCCAAGCGAGCAGCAUGAGCCCACCUCCUCAGUAUGACAGCUUAGUGAAACGGUUAGAGUUCGGACCAGCUCCGCCAAGAGGUGUCUCCCAGGGCGCUCAGUCUCCUCAGGGUGGGGUCAAGAUUCUGCUAUGAGAGAAAAUAAGACGUCGAUGCGCCUCCCCGCAUUCAAUAACCUGACGCCGGCCCCCGGCCGAUUCUCCAUCCUUGAGGGUCAGGCAUCGGGACUUUGAACUGAGCGGUCUUCCCUUGUCGCCACAGGCCCCUACUGAACAAUUUUGAACAAGAAAACCACUCUCUUUACUCCACAUGAUCAGCGCAGGGACUUCUGCUGCCUCAGGCUAGUAUCCCACCCCAUCUAUCAACGGAUGCAGCAGGAAUGGACAGGGAAGCCACUGCUCACACCCCCGCUGCGUAUCAACACUGCCGUGGGAAGCAUUCACAAAAAGGCUUCUGUCUUCUUACUGUGGUGAAUGAAUAAGAGCCACCGGAUAAAGGGAUUAAGAACCUAAAGCAUCGUUCAUAAAAAAUUAUUUUGAUUGUACAAAUAUUGUUGAUGACCAAGUUAAAAACCAAAGCUUUGAAAUAUGGAAGAACUGAACACAGUAAAAAGUAAUGAUUAAUAAAUAAUAACUGAUUCAAAAACAAAACUGUAAAACCUAAAAGUUUUUUAUUCCUCGAGCUGAGUGCUCAAAUAUUCUAGCACUGCACAAAACUAACAUUAAUUAACUUCAAUUUUUAGAGCUUGAUAUUAAAAUAUUUUUCCCCCAGCCAAGCCCCCAAUAUUUGUUUUCUAGAGACUAAUAUUUUCUACUGCUAACGAAAAGUUGCUGCCAAGAACUGGUGUUAAUAGUUUAGCCAUCGCUGCCUUACUCCACAUCGUUACCUCCUCCGGUUGUAGCACUUCGCUGUAAAACUCCUGCUGCCGGGCCGAGCGAGAUGAUGUCACUUCCCUUCAGGCUCGUUUCAUAUGGCGUGGUUUCAGUUUGACCCAGGUUCUUUGCAGCACCUUCUUCUUACCUUUGCACGGACUUGUUUUUGCGGGCUCAUUAUUAUGUGGUAGAGUGGAUGCACGUAAAGUAUAGAAAUAGUUUUCUGCCUCAGACAUGAGAUGUUCAUUUGUCAGAUUAGGGCAGAGUCAUGAUCUAGUGUUACCAGUGACUUUCAUAAGGAUUGAAGUUGAUUAUAGCAGGUAGUUGGCACAUUUUUCACUACUGAAUGUAUAGUAAUGAUUCCCUAAUAAGUGUGAGACCCCGUCAGCCAUCAAGAGUUUUAUGAUGGGCGACUGAGGAAUAAUACAAAGCAAUAAUGGAUUUUAACAGGUCAAUGAUAAGCAAUCCAUGUGUAUUUGUGUCUGUAUAAAGGGUGUUUAAUGGAAUUUUAUUUUUCUGCCUUUUAGUAAGAUAUAUUGGGGAAAUAGAGAUUUAAUGUGACAUUUCUGCUUUUCCUUGAAAUGUUUCUGGUUAAUCUGGCGCAGUCACUACUGCCACCCAGCAGCUUAUUUAUUAAGCAUUACAGUACAUAUUUGAAUACCACAUUGCGGUGCAGUUUUUGUCUGAAGUUGUCUUGUGGUUAAUUCAUAUGAGAAGCUUCUCUUUGCUUAUCCUCUCUUGAGCUAACUAAUCCAUGACCACUGUGCACCAGGUGUUUGUAUACAGCAGCACCCGGCAAGCUUCUGUAUUUGGACUAUAAACUGUAUGUGCCUGAGGUACUCUACCCAACUUUUAUCCUGUUGGUUUGCAGUUGUUUUCUAUUGAACUGAACAAUGUUCUAAUGAUCUUUGAAGUUUUCUGACCAAGACUGAAAUAUUAAAAGGAAGGAG